AUGUCCAAAUCUCAGUUAUCACAUAGACAGCGAGAAUGAGUCCCAUCCUUCUCCUCGUCUUUCUUGCCUUCUUCUGCUCUCUCAUCCACAUAAUCUCAAGAUCUAAACACCCAAAAAAACUGCCUCCUGGCCCUUGGGCGCUGCCAAUCAUUGGUAACCUUCAUAUGCUAGGCAACCUCCCACACCGCAGCCUCCAACACUUAGCCAAAAAGUAUGGACCUAUAAUGUCCAUGCGCCUGGGGAGCAAAACCACCAUAGUGGUCUCGUCCCCCAAAGUUGCCGAGCUAUUCCUUAAAACCCAUGACACCAUCUUCGCUAGUCGCCCCAAAGUCCAAUCAUCGGACUACUUGUCGUAUGGCACAAAGGGUAUGGGUUUUAGUGAAUAUGGUCCGUACUGGCGCCAUAUUAGGAAGCUGUGCACACUUCAGCUUCUUUGUCAGUCAAAAAUCGAGGGCUUUGCUCCGCUGAGGAGGGAGGAGGUCGGGUUGUUGGUGCAGUGGCUGAAGAAGGCCGCGAAGGCUGGAGAAGUGGUGGAUCUUAGUGAGAAGGUCGGUGAGCUUAUUGAGGACAUAACAUAUAGGAUGGUGUUGGGAAGCAAAAAUGAUGAUACGUUUGAUGUCAAGGGAAUUAUUGAGGAGGUCAUGUUGUUGACAGGGGCAGUCAACAUUGGUGAUUAUGUUCCUUUCCUCAGCCCAUUUGAUAUUCAGGGAUUGAACAAACGCAUGAAGAGACUUAGCAAGACAAUCGACCAACUUCUGGAAAAGAUAAUUGGGGAACACGAACAAGUUUCUAAAAGUGAGCAACUACAAGGCCGCCCUCAAAAUCAUAAGGACUUUGUGGAGAUGCUGCUUUCAUUGAUGAACCAACCAUUAAACCCUAACGACGAGCAAGUCUACGUAGUCGACCGAACUAAUGUGAAAGCCAUCUUACUGGACAUGAUUUCGGGUGCCUUUGACACAUCAGCGACCGCGAUUGUUUGGAACCUUGCCGAACUCUUGAGGCAUCCUAGGGUAAUGAAGCUUCUCCAACAAGAGCUCCAAACCGUGAUCGGAAUGGAUAGAACGGUGGAGGAGAGCGAUUUGCCAAAGUUGGCCUACUUGAACAAGGUUGUCAAAGAGAGCUUUAGGCUACAUCCGGUAGCACCGUUGUUGAUUCCACAUGCAUCCAUGGAGGACAUCACGGUUGAUGGAUAUCAUAUACCCAAGAAAUCCACCAUCUUUGUGAACAUCUGGACGAUUGGGAGAGAUCCAAGUGUAUGGUCAGAUAACGUGGAAGAGUUUUACCCUGAAAGGUUUAAUGACAGUGACGUUGACCUUAAGGGGCAUGACUUCCAGCUUUUACCAUUUGGGUCCGGAAGAAGAGGGUGCCCUGCCAUGCAACUAGGGUUAACGACGGUUCGUCUAGCUCUGGCAAAUUUGGUCCACUGCUUCAAUUUUGAUCUCCCAAGUGGCCUCCUCCCUAACGAGUUGGACAUGACUGAGACUUUUGGCCUGUCGCUGUCUAAAACCAAACACUUGCUUGUCGUGCCCACAUAUCGCCUACACAAUUAACAUUCAUAGAGAUUUGGUUUUGCAUAUGGUGUGUAUGUACCAUUGUUCUAAAAAUUCUCACCCAAUGCUGUCUAGGUUCCUUCUAACACA